AUGGAUAUUGGUGAACUGUUGGCGUUUAAGCCCGAGCAGACGCCAAAGCGACCACAUGAGGACGACGAUGAUUUCGCAGUGCCAGAGCCGGCGCCUAGCGAUAUUGGAAAACGGGGCGGCGGCGGCGAUGAAAAGGCUAAGCGAAUGCGUCGCAUUGCGGACGCCAAGGAAACAGCUAACUACAAAAAAUCACAGGAGGGCAAUGCGGGUUCAGGCUCAGCCGGCAGUACAUUUGAAUUUGACCCUGAAUUAACGGAGGAGGAACGCCUAAACAUUUUGAAAUAUGUGGAGAGCGAAGAGGCAGAGGGCGAUGUACUGGACGAGCAAGGUCUUAAAAAGUUAAUACUCGUGUUUGAGAAGCGUAACUUAAAGAACCAAGAAAUGCGCAUCAAGUUCUCCGACAGUCCCGAGAAGUUCAUGGAAUCAGAACUUGAUUUGCACGCAGUCAUCCAGGAACUGAAAGCGGUGGCAACAGUUCCGGAUCUCUAUCCAUUGCUAGUCGAGCUGCAUGGGCUGCACAGUCUGUUGGAGCUAUUGGCACAUCAGAACACAGAYAUUGCCGUMGCUGUUGUCGAUCUGCUGCAGGAAGUCACAGACGUCGACAUUCUGGGCGAGAGCAGCGAUGGAGCAGAGGCAUUGAUUGAGGCCCUGCGGAAAGAGCAAAUCUGUGCAUUGUUAGUUCAGAAUCUAGAGCGCCUUAACGAACAGGUCAAAGAGGAAUCUGAUGGCGUACACAAUACAUUGGCUAUUGUGGAGAAUCUAAUCGAAAUUGAGGGCGARUUUGUGCGCGAGGCGGCCACACAGGGUCURCUGGCCUGGAUACUUAAGCGGCUCAAGGGCAAGUCGCCCUUCGAUCCAAACAAAUUAUACUGCAGCGARAUAUUGUCAAUACUGAUACAAACCGAAAACGAGAAUCGUCUGCUGCUGGGGACACUAGAUGGCGUGGAUGUUUUGCURCAGCAGCUAGCUAUAUACAAACGUCACGAUCCCGCCAGCAACGAGGAGCAGGAGUACAUGUCCAAUCUGUUCAAUUGCCUCUGCUCGGCGCUGAUGGCACGAGAGAAUCGUGAUCGUUUCCUGAACGGCGAGGGUCUGCAGCUAAUGAAUCUGAUGCUGCGCGAAAAGAAAAUGUCGCGCAAYGGCUCGCUAAAGGUGCUCGAUCAUGCCAUGGCCGGUCCAGACGGGCGUGAGAACUGUAACAAAUUCGUGGAGAUUCUUGGCCUACGCACCAUAUUUCCGCUCUUUAUGAAAACGCCCAAGCGCAACAAACAGCGCCUGCUGUCCGUCGACGAGCAUGAGGAGCAUGUCUGCUCGGUGAUUGCAUCCAUGCUGCGCAACUGCAAGGGCACACAGCGCCAGCGUAUGCUGACCAAAUUCACGGAGAACGAUCACGAAAAGGUUGACCGCCUGCUGGAGCUGCAUCUCAAGUAUUUGGCCAAAGUGGAGGCCAUCGACAAAGAAAUUGAUCAGCAACCAAAGGAUGCAGCUAUAGAUGAGGAUGAGGAGACUGAGAACAAUUACAUAAAGCGUCUAACUGGUGGUCUGUUUACCCUGCAGCGCAUCGACUACAUCCUGCUGGAGGUGAGCGCCACCUCCGAAACUGUAAAACAGCGCGUUCUGCAAAUCUUAAACUUGCGCGGCGCCUCCAUGAAGACAAUUCGAAGCAUAAUGCGAGAAUACGCUGGUAAUUUGGGUGACGGCGACACGGAAUGGCGGGAACAGGAGCAGACGCAUAUACUUUCUUUAGUCGAUCGAUUCUGAUGUAAUCGUUUCCCUCUACAGUGACCAGCUCAUAUGAUAAUAUUAACUAAAUAAAAGAAUGUCCGUUGGCGAAUAU